AGGCAGUCAUUGGGGCAACUGUUGGGAGGCAUUGGGUUAGAAAAGCGUGUGAAUGCUCGUGAUAGGGAGUGCUUGGGUUUGCUCGUGAAUGGCAUUAAUGAACACAGCUUCAGUGAAGUCUUCGUCAAAGAAAACGGCAUUUCAUCGAAAAUGGCGACCGCUAUGUGUGUCGAUAACAGCGAUGGCUUUGAUCUCCAGAAGAAUAAGUCACUGAACAACAAGUAUGCCGUUAACCACAACCACACCAACAACAAAAAUGAGGAUCAGUUGGACGAGGAGUCGGUGACAGCGAAGGAGACGAAUAUCAUUCAAACGGGUCUUGAGAUGAGUCGCAACGGAAAGGCGAACGAACUGGCGGAUCUGAUCCGAAGUGUUCGUCCGUUUCUGAACCGCAUAUCGAAGGCAAAGGCGGCAAAACUGGUGCGACAACUGGUGGACCUAUUCCUGGACAUGGAGAAGAAGACGGGACAUGAGGUGCAGUUGUGCGAGGAGUGCAUCGAUUGGGCCAAACAGGAGAAGCGCACGUUUCUGAGGCAAUCACACUCUGUAAUCAAAACCCGCACCAAAUGA